GAGCUUUCCAUAUCUUAUCAAAUGUGGCAAACAUCCAUUGAACUGGCUUCGACCUUCGCAAACCCUCCAAGUAGAUACCUCAAUUAUAGUAGGUAGUUGUUUGUUUCCCUAUCGCCUGCAUCAGGCCUUAAAACUAGAUACUCGACUCUUUAGGCUGUACAGCCCGCCAUUGAAGACCCCAGUUUGCGCAACCGACACACACCCAGACAUCCCGAACGUGCAUUCUCAGAAGCCGUCCUCAUGGGUAAUGACGGUGGCUCAAUCCCGAAGCGGCGCGAGCUCGUCAAAGAAGCCGCCCGCCUGCCCACGACAUCCGAGCUCAAAGCCACAGCGCUCGAGUCCCUCACACACGCCUGGACGACAUGUCCCAUAUCGUCGGAGCCGCUAGACCCCCACAACACCGUAUCAGACUCGCGCGGGCGCCUAUACAACUACGAAACGGUGCUGCGGUGUCUAAUGCCCAGCGCCGACGCCAAUGAGCCCGCAGCCGAGGAGAAGCAAUCGCAGGAAGCAGCCGAGUUCGCGCGCUCAGGCAUCCGCUCUCUAAAAGACGUCGUCAAGCUGCGCUUCAACAUCCGGAAAGACGAGAAGCGCGGCGAGAUUCGCACGUGUCCGUUAAGCAUGAAGGAGUUGGGCCCUAGCACGCGCGCCGUGUACGUAGUGCCCUGCGGCCACGUGUUCACAGAGAUAGUCGUGAGAGAACUCCUCGCGGCCGAGGAGAGUUCAGGUGCGGAUGCGGCGCCAGAGAAGAGAAGUAACUGCCCAGAGUGCAGUGAAGCAUUCCCGCUACGCGAUUUGGUCCCCAUACUGCCCGUAGACGAGGCCGACGUUGAAAAGUGCACAGCGCGCAUAGAAGCGCUUCGAACCGCUGGUCUAGCGCAUAAUCUGAAGAAGGACAAGUCCGCAGGCGGCAAGAAGAAGCGCAAGGCAGCGGAAGAAGAAGAUGGGAAAGCACAUGAGAAUGGUGCCAACGGAGACAAGCCGGUGCAAAAGGAGAAGAAACAAAAGAAAGAUCGAGGCGACAUCUCGAGUCGCAUCAAUAAUUCCAUGACUGCUACGCUUACGGCCAAGGUCCUCGCUGAACAGGACGAACGAAAUAAACAGAGAAAGCUAGCAGCUGCGGUACGGUAAGCAUCUGGUGUAUUUAUCCUUUGGCAUAUUGGCGUUGUGGCGACAUCAUUUGUAUCUGAAAAUCAUAGCAAAUCCACGAAUUAUGAGAAAUGAAGA